AUGGCAUCAUACCAGACCGGCAGCGAGGCCUUCACUCGUGAAAAGCAGCCCGCCACCGAAACAAACACAGCACCCACAGCAGCUUGGGCUGACAAGUACCGCGGUGCAACCAUCGAAGAUCUCGACCCUCCCCCAGCGCUCUCAAUCUCCUCUCAAGACCCAAUCUCCACAGCUCUCAUGGCCGCCUACGAGCGUGACUACACCCACCUGACCGUAAUCUCUCCUACAAAGCGCUCCCUCCUGGGCUACCUCAGCAUCCCCCGGCUAAAGGAGCUGCUGCAGAGCGGGGCCGUGAAGGAAUCAGACCCGGUGUCCGAGGCGAUGCAACGCUUCAACCGCAAACGCGGCAUCUACCAAGUGAUCACCAUGGAGACGCCGCUCGAGGAGUUGGAGCAAUUCUUUGAAAGCGAGACCGGACCCAAUGGCGAAAAGCGCGAGAAGCAGCAGUUCGCCGUUGUCACCGAUGUUACACGCAAAUUCGUGCUUGGUGUUGCUACCAAGGAUGAUUUGGAGGAUUUUGUCAAGCGCAGACCUGCCUAA